AUGUCUGACGACGAUUUCAUGCAAGAGUCGGACGAGGAGCAGUAUGACUUCGAGUACGAAGACGACGACGAGGAGGAGUCGGGCGAUGUCGACAUCGAGAAUAAAUAUUAUAAUGCGAAGCAGAUGAAAGGCUCCGAUCCCGAGGAUGCCGUCGCCGAGUUCCUAGCCAUACCCGCCUUGGAAGACGAGAAGGGUGAAUGGGGGUUCAAGGGCCUAAAGCAAGCCAUAAAGCUCGAGUUCAGACUGGAGAAGCACGAUGACGCCGUCGAGCACUACACCGAGCUCUUGACCUACGUCAAGUCGGCCGUCACCAGGAACUACUCGGAAAAGUCCAUUACGAACAUGCUGGACUUCGUCGAGAAGGAGUCGGAGAACGAAGGCGCCCAAAGGUGCCUCGAGAAGUUCUACUCCCUCACUCUCGACUGUUUUCAGAGCACAAACAACGAGCGGCUGUGGCUCAAGACCAACAUCAAGCUAGCCAAGCUUCUACUGGAUCGCAAGGACUACCUGGCUGUCACCAAGAAGCUGCGGGAGCUGCAAAAGGCCUGUCAACGCGACGACGGCUCCGACGACCCUAGCAAGGGCACCUACUCGCUCGAGAUCUACGCCCUGGAGAUCCAGAUGUACUCCGAGACGCGCAACAACAAGCAGCUCAAGAUCCUGUACCAGAAGGCACUCAAGGUGCGGUCCGCAGUACCCCAUCCCAAGAUCAUGGGCAUCAUUCGGGAAUGCGGCGGCAAGAUGCAUAUGAGUGAGGAGAAUUGGGAGGACGCUCAGAGCGACUUCUUUGAGUCGUUCCGUAACUACGACGAAGCUGGUUCACUGCAGAGGAUCCAGGUCCUCAAGUAUCUCCUACUGACUACCAUGCUGAUGAAGUCCGAUAUCAACCCCUUCGACUCCCAGGAGACCAAACCCUACAGGAGCGACCCCCGGAUCGCCGCCAUGACCGAGCUUGUCGAUGCCUACCAACGAGAUGACAUGCACCAGUACUCCAAGGUUCUCCAACUGAACCAGGACCUCCUGGCUGACCCCUUCAUUGCCGAGAAUAUCGACGAAGUUACUCGCAAUAUGCGCACCAAGGCCGUGGUCAAGCUCAUCGCACCCUACACGCGGAUGAAGCUUGCCUGGAUAGCGAGGCAGCUCAAGAUAUCCGAGGCCGAGGUGCAGGAUAUUCUGGGCUUCCUGAUUGUCGACGGUAAGGUCAAGGGCGAGAUUGACCAGCAAUCUGGCACCAUCGAGAUAGAGUCCGAUGGAGAUGCCGAGCGAGUAGACGCCAUCGAGAAAUGGUCUUCGGUGCUGACCGAUAUGUAUAACACCAUCUUCUCCGAGGAUGGCUUCAAAUCAGCAGACACACAAGCGCCCGACGAACAGACUCAAUUCGUGGCCUCACUGGGCCCACGCAUGGGCAUGGGAGGAGGUAGACCCAGGAAGGGCAAGGGCUACCACCCUCUCAUGGCAUAA